AUGGCAAAUGAGAUGCCAUUUUUCGUAUUAAACACCGGAGCUAAGAUGCCGUCAGUGGGCUUUGGCACCUGGCAGACCGAACCUGGUGUCGUAACUGCCGCCGUUACUUCCGCCGUCAAGAAUGGAUACCGUCAUAUUGAUUGUGCUCAAGCUUAUAAAAAUGAGCCGGAGGUUGGUUUGGCUUUCAAGAAGCUCUUCCAAGACGGUGUCGUGAAGCGCGAGGAUUUAUUUAUUACCUCAAAACUCUGGUGCUCUAAUCAUACACCAGAAGAUGUGUCAGAGGCACUUGCAGGAACUUUGCGGGAUCUGCAACUUGAUUAUGUUGAUUUGUAUCUUAUACACUGGCCGGUUCGGUUAAAGAGGGGAUCAAUUGGCGUCAAGCCUGAGAACUUUGUGCAACCAGAUUUUCCUAUGACAUGGCAAGCGAUGGAAGCACUCUAUGAUUCUGGCAAGGCUCGUGCUAUUGGUGUGAGUAACUUCUCUACAAAGAAACUGGCGGAUCUGCUGGAGGUGGCUCGUGUUCCUCCUGCUGUGAAUCAGGUGGAAUGUCAUCCUGCAUGGCAGCAGGCAAAGCUACGUGCAUUUUGUCAAUCCAAAGGAGUUCACCUAUCUGGAUAUUCACCGCUAGGAUCUCCUGGCACCACAUGGCUCAAGAGUGAUGUACUCAAGAACCCAAUCCUAAAAAUGGUUGCAGAGAAAUUGGGCAAAACUCCUGCACAAGUUGCCAUUCGCUGGGGCCUUCAAAUGGGUCAUAGCGUGCUUCCUAAGAGUACACAUGAAGCAUGGAUCAAGGAGAACUUCGAUGUCUUCACAUGGUCUAUUCCGGAGGACCUGUUUGACAAGUUUUCUGAAAUUGGGCAGUCACGAGUACUCAGAGGUACUGAAUUUGUCCACGAGACCCUCAGUCCAUAUAAGACCCUUGAGGAACUAUGGGACGGUGAAAUCUGA